AUGUGGAUUUAUGUGGGGCAGGUUAGACACUUCGGCGCGAAAUGUUCAAAAUGCUGUCGUGGCAUAUCCGCCUCGGAUUGGGUACGACGCGCCCGCGAUCUCGUCUUCCAUUUGGCGUGUUUCGCGUGCGAUCAAUGCGGACGACAACUCUCCACCGGCGAACAAUUUGCUCUGAUCGAUGAUCGGGUGCUGUGUAAGGCGCAUUACCUGGAAACGGUCGAGGGUGGCACCACAUCAAGUGACGAUGGCUGUGAUGGUGAUGGUUAUCACAAAAGUAAAACGAAACGUGUGCGUACCACCUUCACCGAGGAACAGUUACAGGUGCUGCAAGCCAACUUUCAGAUCGACAGCAAUCCGGAUGGGCAGGAUUUGGAGCGCAUCGCAUCGGUGACCGGUCUUAGUAAGCGUGUAACGCAAGUUUGGUUUCAAAAUUCGAGAGCGCGACAAAAAAAACAUAUUCAUGCUGGUAAGAAUAAAAUGCGUGAACCCGAAGGAAGCUCAUUUGCCCGCCACAUUAACCUGCAGUUAACGUAUUCAUUUCAGAAUAACGCCCAAAAUCCUAUGCACAUGAACGGCAAUUCGAAGGGAUUAUAUCCGUCACAUGAAUCCUCCAUGGAUGAACUCUCACAGGACUCCAGUGUGCAUUGUAUGCAAAGUGAAGUGUGACUGGAACAUUUGAACCACCAUUAAAG